CCGGGCGCCGUGCGCGCCGACUGCUGGCUCAUCGAGGGCGACAAGGGCUACGUGUGGCUGGCCAUCUGCAGCCAGAACCAGCCGCCCUACGAGACCAUCCCGCAGCACAUCAACAGCACGGUGCACGACCUGCGGCUCAACGAGAACAAGCUGAAGGCCGUGCUCUACUCCUCGCUCAACCGCUUCGGGAACCUCACCGACCUCAACCUCACCAAGAACGAGAUCUCCUACAUCGAGGACGGCGCCUUCCUGGGCCAGUCGAGCCUGCAGGUGCUGCAGCUGGGCUACAACAAGCUCAGCAACCUGACGGAGGGCAUGCUGCGCGGCAUGGGCCGGCUGCAGUUCCUCUUCGUGCAGCACAACCUCAUCGAGCUGGUGACGCCCGCCGCCUUCUCCGAGUGCCCGAGCCUCAUCAGCAUCGACCUGUCCUCCAACCGCCUCAGCCGCUUGGAUGGCGCCACCUUCGCCAGCCUGGCCAGCCUCAUGGUGUGCGAGCUGGCCGGCAACCCCUUCAACUGUGAGUGCGACCUCUUCGGCUUCCUCGCCUGGCUCGUGGUCUUCAACAACGUCACCAAGAACUACGACCGCCUGCAGUGCGAGUCGCCGCGCGAGUUUGCCGGCUACCCGCUGCUGGUGCCCCGGCCCUACCACAGCCUCAACGCCAUCACCGUGCUCCAGGCCAAGUGCCGCAACGGCUCCCUGCCCGCCCGGCCCGCCAGCCACCCCACGACGCCCUACUCCACCUACGCCCAGCGGGAGCCCGACGAGAACUCGGGCUUCAACCCCGACGACAUCCUCUCGGUGGAGCCGCCGGCCUCGUCCACCACCGAUGCGUCCGCGGGGCCCGCCAUCAAGCUGCAUCACGUCACCUUCACCUCGGCCACCCUGGUGGUCAUCAUCCCACACCCCUACAGCAAGAUGUACGUCCUGGUCCAGUACAACAACAGCUACUUCUCCGACGUCAUGACGCUCAAGAACAAGAAGGAGAUCGUCACGCUCGACAAGCUGCGGGCGCACACCGAGUACACCUUUUGCGUGACCUCGCUGCGUAACAGCCGCCGCUUCAACCACACCUGCCUGGCCUUCACCACGCGGGACCCCGUCCCGGGCGACCUGGCGCCCAGCACCUCCACCACCACCCACUACAUCAUGACCAUCCUGGGCUGCCUCUUCGGCAUGGUCAUCGUGCUGGGAGCUGUCUACUACUGCUUGCGCAAGCGACGCAUGCAGGAGGAGAAGCAGAAGUCCGUCAAGGUCAAGAAAACCAUCCUGGAGAUGCGCUAUGGCGCCGACGUGGACGCCGGCUCCGUGGUCCACGCCGCCCAGAAGCUAGGCGAGCCCCCCGUGCUGCCCGUGUCCCGCAUGUCCUCCAUCCCCUCCAUGAUUGGGGAGAAGCUGCCCACCUCCAAGGGGCUGGAGGCCGGGCUGGACACGCCCAAGGUGGCCACCAAGGGCAACUACAUCGAGGUGCGCACGGGCACGGGCGGGGAUGGCCUGGCCCGGCCUGAGGAUGACCUCCCGGACCUGGAGAAUGGCCAGGGCUCGGCUGCUGAAAUCUCCACCAUUGCCAAGGAGGUGGACAAGGUCAACCAGAUCAUUAACAACUGCAUCGAUGCCCUCAAGCUGGACUCGGCCUCCUUCCUGGGAGGUAGCGGCGGUGGCGGGGACUCUGAGCUGGCCUUCGAGUGCCAGACCCUCCCUGCGGCCACCACCACCUCCUCAGCCACCGCCCCUGGGGCUCUGGAGCGGCCCAGCUUCCUCUCACCCCCCUACAAGGAGAGCUCUCACCACCCGCUACAGCGCCAGCUGAGUGCCGAUGCCGCCGUGGCCCGCAAGACCUGCAGCGUCUCGUCCAGCGGCUCCAUCAAAAGCGCCAAGGUCUUCAGCCUGGAUGUGCCUGACCACCCGGCUUCCGCGGGGCUGGCCAAAGGCGACUCCAAGUACAUCGAGAAGGGCAGCCCUCUCAACAGCCCACUGGACCGGCUCCCACUGGUGCCCGCGGGCAGCAGCGGGGGCGGCGGGGGCGGCGUGCACCACUUGGAGGUGAAGCCCGCCUACCACUGCAGCGAGCACCGGCACAGCUUCCCGGCCCUGUACUACGAGGAGGGCGCCGACAGCCUGAGCCAGCGCGUGUCCUUCCUCAAGCCGCUGACCCGCUCCAAGCGGGACUCCACCUACUCGCAGCUCUCCCCAAGACACUACUACUCAGGGUACUCCUCCAGCCCUGAGUACUCCUCGGAGAGCACGCACAAGAUCUGGGAGCGCUUCCGGCCCUACAAGAAGCACCACCGGGAGGAGGUGUACAUGGCCGCCGGCCACGCCCUGCGCAAGAAGGUCCAGUUCGCCAAGGACGAGGACCUGCACGACAUCCUCGAUUACUGGAAGGGGGUCUCGGCCCAGCAGAAGCUGUGA